AUGGGCGCUCAGGAGCGUGGAACCACCGUGCUCCGCGAGGCAGACGUGGACCCACGCCAGCGCCGACAAGGAGGCCGGAAAGGACGCGCGCAGCUGGCUCCAGGGACCAACCAAGUCCGGAGGGGGCCAGAAAUGAUGGGGAGGGUGUCUACUCAGCGGUUGGCAGCUGAGGGUGAAAAUCAGAGUCUCAAGUGGGUGUCAGGACCACCUCCGCGCCUGCUGGGGAGUCGCAGUGUGAAGUGUUGGCAAAAAUACCUGUGGUCAGGUGUCAGCGAAUGCCGGGCUGCCUGGUGCACACCUGCCCCGGGACACGUGCCCCUCAGAAGCGGAGCUGUGGAUUCUAUUUAUUUUCCUUUUUCCUUGCGGGCUGUCGCUUCGUUGGCGCUCCAGAAGUGGAAAUACGCCAUUUGGACGUUUCAGAAAAUAAGCUUCAAACGACUAGGCGUUAGUAGUAUCUGGAGUCCCUGCGACCUCAGGCGCUACUUAGGCACAUUUCCCGGAACGCGCCGAAUUGCCCGGUGCUUCUCUCUCGCCUCGACCCCGGCCCUCUCUGUUGGCAGAACCUUCCUUGACUGGCCAGGAUCGGUCUUCUUGGCUCUGUGCAAACACGUCUGCGAGGACAGCAGCGGACUGCAGCAGCGCUCCACACCGCGGCUGCAGCUGCUCCGGCCCGCGCACCCCGCCGACCCCAUCAAGCUGGGCGCCGGCACCUUCCAGCUGGACCAGUGGCUGCGCGCAUCCACCGCGGGCAUGAUCCUGCCUAAGAUGCCCGACUUUAACUCCCAGGCGCAGUCGAACCUCCUGGGGAAGUGCCGCCGGCCGCGCACCGCCUUCACCAGCCAGCAGCUGCUGGAGCUGGAGCAUCAGUUCAAGCUCAACAAGUACUUGUCGCGGCCCAAGCGCUUCGAGGUGGCCACCUCGCUCAUGCUCACCGAGACCCAGGUGAAGAUUUGGUUCCAGAACCGGCGGAUGAAAUGGAAACGCAGCAAAAAGGCCAAAGAGCAGGCGGCGCAGGAAGCGGAGAAACAGAAGGGCGGCGGCGGGGGCGCGGGGAAGGGCGGAGCGCGCGCCCCACCCCCGGGCGCCGCUCUCGGGGUCGCUGACUCGGCUCGGCCUGGGGCGGUGGUCCCUUGGGGCCCAGGCCUCCAACCGCACCUGAGCCGCCAGCUGACCCCGCGCAUGGGGGAGAAAGUCUUUGCAGCCCUCAAGAAUCGGGUUCUCAGCACCUGGAGCCAGGUCUACGCAGGGGGCCCCCGGAGGGAGCUGAGAAAGGGGGGCCUUGCUGCGGGUGAAUUCUGCAGGGCGUGCAAACGCAUGUGGGGAAGCCGUUUUUGUGACUGGAGAAAACACUUCACACACGCGCCCCAGAGGGAGGCCCAGGGGACUCCUUUCCAGCCCCUCCUGGAGCUCCGUGUCAUCCCUGGUGUCAGGGAGUCAAGAAACAGCUCGAAGGGAAAGGAGGUGGACCUGUCCUUUCGCCGAUCCGGGCAGCGCUGCGUGCGCCCCAGGCUUGGAGGGGGCUGCCAGGCGAGGGGGAGGGGAGUGCGGGCGGAGGGGCGCUGGGACCCGCGUGGGGCGCCGCGGCAAUGCGGGCGCCCCCCAGCCCCCCGGUCACUCCCGUGUCCCAGCUCCUGCCUGCAGGUGCCUCCAGAGAUGCUGCCCUUCCGUGGCACCCCCAGGGCCCCACACCUCAAGAUUUCUGCGGCCUUCUCCCUUCUAUCUUCGUACAACAAGCACCAGUGGCUGUUUCUGCUGCUCCAGGUGCUUCCCAAGCACCCAGCUAGGAAGCCAGUGGGUCCCGGAGGCUGCGGCACCUACCUGUCUCCGCGGGAAGAUGAGGGUCCCUGCAGGUCUUGGGGCAGAACAGCCGCUCCAGCUGCCCCUAGGGAGCUGCAGCAACCCAGAUUCGUCCAGGCCCUGACUAGGAACCCUGGAGUGAAAGACGGCAAAGUGAAAAUCCCACUCUCUUCUGAUGCCUCACACGCACACAGUGCCACCAGCCUGGGAGGACAAGGGCCCAGGAAGCCUGAGGAGCCCUGCUCACCGCACAGCCCAGGCCAGCGCCAUCUCCCCGCAGGCACUGCCCGGGCCGCGUCCUCUGCGCUUGCUACAGUGGACGAGGAGCCCUCGAGUGUUACAGAUGAGGAGGUCGGAGCAUCGCUUUUCACCAAGCUCGCGGACCCAGGCCCUCCGGGACUACUUCAGUGGCCUAAAGACGAGCAGAGUGAUCUCUGCAGGAGACAGAGGGAGAGCGGCACAGGAAGUCUCAGUUUUAACGAAGAAUGCCGGGACUGGAAGCUGGUCCAGAGGUGCUGUGGUGCCGUGGAGGACGCUGUCGUUCCCAGGCUGCCGGCUGAGGCUACCAGGUGA